AUGUCCGUUAACACACCAUCUUUGUUCGAUAUGACCUCUUUAGAGCCCCAGCCCGACCUCGAGCUGUCCGUCCAGCCUUCCGCGGCCCACCGCGACUCCCACACCAUCGUGGGCGAGCUUGUGUUUGACAAGUUUGCUCAGAAGGACCCCGUCGUGGGCGUCAAGAAGGAGGAAGAGGACCACACGCCUCUCCUCAGCUUUGACCUGCAGUUGACCGAACCCGCCAUGCCCAGCGAGGAAUUGCAGCCCGACGUUGUCGAGGCCUUUUUCUCCAGCACAGACUCCACGCCCAUGUUCGAGUUUGAAACUUUGGAGUCCGACCCCAAGGCCUGGAGCUCUUUGUUCAACGACGACAUCCCGGUCACGGUCGCCGACGCGGCCCAAGUCGUGGAGUCCGUGGAGCGCGAGCCCGUGGCGGAAACCGCUGCGCCAGCUACCACAAUCGACACCAAGUCGUUCCUGCCCACCCCAGUCAUCGAGGACGCCAAGCUGCAGUCCAAGAAGAAACGCGCUUCUACUUCGGGCGCGGUUCAGAAACCUGAAAAGGUGGAUCGCCUCGGUGUGAUCGCGUACAACCGCAAGUCGCGUGCCUCUCCUUUGACACCUGUCAUUCCGGAGUCCGAUGACCCAGUCGCUUUGAAGCGUGCUAGAAACACAGAGGCUGCCAGACGGUCGCGGGCCAGAAAGCUUCAGCGUAUGAACCAACUGGAAGAGAAAGUGGAAGAUCUGCUUCAGAGAAACUCCGAAUUGGAGAACGAAGUUGCCAGAUUGAGAGCACUACUUGGUGGCCAAUGCUGA